AUGGACUCGUACUUGAAUCGCGGAAAUGCAGUUCUCUGCACAGUCUUGGCGUGCCUGGCCAUUGCGGCGCUGGGGAACCACUUCUCGACGCAUCUCCUGCAGGCGGAGCCCACUGGAGAGGUCUCGAUUGCGGACGUCUACGAGUUUGGAUUCAAUCAGGCAUUGCAGGGUGAGCAAGCUCAGGUGUCGUUGAACAUCAACGCAGACUUGACGAGCUGUUUCAACUGGAAUACCAAGCAGCUGUUUGUCUACGUCGUCGUCCGCUACGAGACGCCGAAGCACUCGCGCAACGAAGUCAUUAUUUGGGAUCGCAUCGUCACCGACCCCGAGGACGCGAUUCUCGAGUUUGAGGGCGUCAUGAACAGCUACCCUCUGCGCGAUCACGGGCGCGGCCUCCGCAACCGGACUGUAACUGUCUCUCUCGAGUAUGCGUACCACCCCAUCGUCGGCUCGAUCCGAAGCAGCCACGUCACCUCUUCGACGUACACAUUGCCGUCCUCGUACUUCCGGUACAACCCAGGGAAGAAUGGCGAAGGCCGCGCGGCGCCGGCUGCGUGA